CCCCCUCUAAUAAAUUUUUUUUUUGCCCCGUGUGUGGGCAGCCGCCAUCACGUCGUCUCCCGUACACUCGCCCGCUUUUCUCUUCUUUUCUUUACCCCUCCGUUUUGAACGCUCCGCAGCUGGUCCUGCUUUUGUUGCAUCGCGUCUCUUCGUCGCCCGCGCCUCGCCUCCCCUCUUCACCUGUCGCAGUUACGCCAGCAGUAGGAGCAAAAAGAAAAUGCCUCCGAAGAAAACCCAGGUGCAGGAAAAGGUCCUUUUGGGCCGUCCAGGAAAUAACCUGAAGAGUGGCAUCGUCGGUCUCGCCAACGUCGGCAAGUCGACACUCUUCCAAGCCAUCACCAAGUCCACCCUUGGUAACCCGGCCAACUUCCCAUAUGCCACCAUCGACCCGGAGGAGGCGCGAGUUAUCGUUCCUGAUGCCCGGUUCGACUGGCUGUGUGAACACUACAAGCCCAAGUCCCAGGUGCCGGCCAACUUGACCGUGUAUGAUAUCGCCGGGUUGACCCGCGGUGCCUCGACCGGUGCCGGUUUGGGCAAUGCAUUCUUGUCUCACAUCCGGGCCGUCGAUGCCAUCUUCCAGGUGGUUCGUUGCUUCGACGAUGCAGAGAUCAUCCACGUCGAGGGUGACGUGGACCCCGUCCGUGACUUGAAUAUCAUCAGCGAGGAGCUGCGUAUCAAGGAUAUCGAGUUCGUCGAGAAGGCGCUCGAGGCGCUCCAGAAGCAGACCCGCCGUGGCGGCCAGUCUUUGGAGAUGAAGAAGAUGAAGGAAGAAGAGGCCACCACUGCCAAGAUUUUGCAGUGGUUGAAGGAUGGCAAGGACGUCCGCAAGGGUGACUGGGGCCCGAAAGAGGUCGAAGUCAUCAACCCUCUCUUCCUCCUCACCGCCAAGCCUGUCGUGUACCUGGUCAACCUCAGCGAGAAGGACUACAUCCGCCAGAAGAACAAAUACCUUCCCAAGGUGUUCGAAUGGAUCAAGGAGAACUCGCCUGGCGACCCGUUGAUCCCCAUCUCGGUCUCCUUCGAGGAGCGCCUGACGCGCAUGGAGGAUGAGAAGGCCGCCGAGGAAGAGUGCAAGAGCCUGAACACCAAGUCGGCCCUGCCCAAGGUCAUCGUGACCAUGCGCACUGCCUUGAACCUGGCCAGUUUCUUCACCACCGGUACCGACGAGGUCCGUCAGUGGACCAUCCGAAAGGGUAUCAAGGCGCCGGCUGCUGCUGGUGUUAUUCACACUGACUUUGAAAAGACCUUCAUUCAGGCCAUUGUAUACAACUACGAUGCGGUCAAGGAGCUUGGCGACGAAGCUGCCGUGAAGGCUGCCGGAAAGGUCAUGACCAAGGGCAAGGACUACAUCGUGGAAGACGGUGAUAUCCUGCUCAUCAAGGCCGUAGUACACAGUAUCCCCCCGAGCACACGAUCAAAAGUCAAAUCGUCCGUUGCGCGUGGCCUCCGACAAAGGCUUCUAGAGACAUACCCCGGGUUUGAGCCGUAUAUCGAAGAGAUUCUUCCGAAAAAGGCACAGCUCGACGCCGUGAAACUUCCCGAGAGAACAACCCUGUACACAAUCGACAGCUCGCCAGUCUUCUACCAGCCCUUUGAUGGGCCUCCGAUCCCGCACCUCCGCCUGCUGCACGCCUUCCCAUCCGCCCUCCCCACCAUCCAGAUCGACCGUGGCGCGAUCCGGUUCGUACUCUCUGGCGCGGCGCUGAUGGCGCCCGGCCUGACCUCCGCGGGCGGCCAGUUACCGGAUACAGAGCACGCGCUGGAGAAGGGGGCGGUGGUCGCCGUGCGGGCUGAGGGGAAACAGGAGGUCUGCAUGGUUGGCACGUUGAAGAUGGGUACCGAGGAACUCAAGGAAAAGGGCAAGGGAGUCGUCAUUGAUGACGGUCAUUAUCUCGGGGAUGGGUUGUGGAGGAUGAUUAUCGAUUAG